ACAACAUUAGUAGACAGCCAUUUAUCCUAUAGAGUCAAAACUGGUGUGGUGAGAUCCGCUUGCGAAGUUUAGUAACGGACAAUUUAGUGGUGUCAUAUUUUGUAAAAAUUUAUGUUCUUGUGAUGGUAUUGUUUGUUUGUAAUGACAGUUUUAAUUUUAGUUGCAUUAUAUUGUGUGGUUUAAUUGAUUCUUGCUUGGCCUUGAACAGCCCCUGUUUGGAGUAAGUAGUAAAGACUGCGACAUAACUCGAGACUUAUCUGCCAUUUUGUGAAUACAGCAGAUUUUUAUGGUAUUUAGUGAAAGUUUUAAUAUUAAAACUAUCGAAAUUAGUAUAAGCAAAUGUUUAAAUGGACGCAUCGUCCAUUAUUACACAAGUGUCACGCGAUGACGAACAAUUAGGAAGCUAUUCUCCUGAAAAAGGUCAUAUACCUAGAGUCGACAAUGAUGUCUGUGUCCCAGGUCAAGUGGGCAAGAAACCAAGGAGGGGAGUGCUUCGUUCGCUGCUCUGCUGCUUCAGUGCUGCCAGUUCGAAGGCUUCGAAAGCGUCCGGUAACAGUGAGGGUAGGUGUUCACCGCAGCUCAGCCCUGGCUCACCACGCUACCUGCUGCCCACCAUCCGACACCAAGACAUGCACAAGAAAUGCAUGGUUAUAGACUUGGAUGAGACUUUAGUGCAUAGUUCAUUUAAGCCUAUUAACAAUGCUGACUUUGUUGUGCCUGUUGAAAUCGAUGGUACCGUCCACCAAGUUUAUGUACUGAAGCGACCAUACGUAGACGAGUUCCUGCAGAGAAUGGGUGAACUGUACGAGUGUGUCCUCUUUACAGCCAGUUUAGCAAAGUAUGCAGACCCUGUGGCUGACCUCUUGGACAGAUGGGGAGUCUUCCGAGCUCGCUUGUUUAGGGAAUCUUGUGUCUUCCACCGUGGUAACUACGUAAAGGACCUCAACAAGCUUGGACGUGACCUUCAAAAAGUCAUUAUUGUAGAUAAUUCACCCGCCUCAUACAUCUUCCAUCCAGACAAUGCUGUGCCUGUGGCCUCAUGGUUCGACGAUAUGACGGAUACAGAAAUGUUGGAUCUAAUACCGUUUUUUGAGAAACUGAGCAAGGUGGACAAUGUUUAUGCGGUCCUGUGCAAUUCAAACCACCCGUACAACUGCGUGGGCAUGGGCGUAGGCGUGGGACAGGCGACCAAUACACAUCCCGGAGCCGGUUCAUAGCCCUCGCCUCCACCCGUGCCAGUAUUGCCUUGCGUGAGUGGGAGCCGAGUCGUGCCAUACGCGUACCUCACAUCACUUCCUCUAAACAAUGUAUAUUAUUUUAAUACUUUACUAUAUAAUUAUGACUUAAUUACUUAUUACGACCCACAGAGGAAAUGUACAGAGAGGUUUUAUUGCAUUAACAUAUAUUUAGUUAUUCUAGUACUGUAUGUAUCACGUCCACUCAAUGCCUGUCAGGUGCUCUAACCCAGGGUAAACAGCUUACUUUUGUUACUCUGUAACUUCCAUUUGCUUAGAAUUAUAUUACCUUUUUUAUGAAUUUAUUUUAUCUAUCAUGUUACUGUUUUUAUCAAUAUGAAUUAUUCACUUUGCAUUAUCACACAUAUGCGACUGUUAUCUGAUUAUUGAUUGAAAGUUAUAAUAAUUGAGCUCCUGUACACUGCACUGAUAAAUUAGAUCUUGUUUGGCAAAAUACACAGUAAAGUGAUUGAAUGAUGAAUAAUUCAAAAUUAAUUUUGUACCACCCGAAAGUUUUUCCUGAAUAUUCUGCUAUACCCAGUAAUCACACGAUUCUCUGCACUAUUUGGGUGCAAACAGAAUUAUGGUGACAAAAUGGGGUGCUAUUGUCCUCACAUUGUGGGAGGCGUUGAAGUUUUUAUGGUGGAGAUCACUGAAUGUGUUCACAGAACUUGUGCCCUGUGACCAUAUCUCAUCAAAGUAGCCUACAUCAAAUCAAAAUAUUAUACAUUUUUCUUCAGUUAAGAAAGUUUGAUUUGAAACCAACUUUUAUGACGAACAUAAUCAAGACUAAUAAGACAUCAAUAAUAUAGAGGAACAUUGUUGAGGGGUUUCUUUAUAUUUAUAUAAUGAUUUUACGUAAUUGUUAAUCAUUCAUUUUGUAGAAAAUGUAAGGAAGUAUUGCAAUACAUGGCAGUUGUCUGCAACAGGACACCCACUUUGAGUGACACUGUUUGUGGCAAACGUUUGCAGCAUUUUUUAAUGACUUUUGUGUUGUUUAUUCAGUUACUUUAUUAGAACUUUAGGUUUUAUUUUUAUUCAUAAUAUAUCCAUUAAUUUCUCCUAAUACAUGUUUCUUGUGAUUUAGAAUUGUUAGUUGUAUUUUUAUCUGAGCACUUUACAGAGUAGCUUUUCUCUUUUGGGAAAUUAAUUUUAGUUUUACGUUAUUAGCUCCUGAAAACUUCAAAAAAAUUAGAUCAGAAUACAGUUUGAAAGUGCAUUAUGUCAAUUAGUCAGACUGACUGACGUUUACUAGAUUCAUUACUUACUGCGAAAUCGUGUUCGUUACCAUUUCUACACAAAUAGUUAAAUAAUCGAACCAAAGAAAAUUAUUUUCUCACAUUCCCUGUUUCUAGUUACGAGAAAAAUGUUUUAUAGUAAAUGUGUGAGUUUUAAAUGUCAUACAAUCAUGUUUUAUUCUUAAAAGUCACUUUUAAUUAACGUAGCCAAUAAAUCUGAUUGUGUGUGUGUAAUUUUAACUAAAAUCAUUCUGCGUACUGUUUAUAAUUAAAUGUUUUUAUGCUUUUUUACAUGCAAUUAUUUUUUUCUUUUGUUAUGAAUAGUUGGCUCUUCUGAGGUGUUUCACGUUGUUAUAGUUUGUUAUUUGUUGAAAUUAUUGAUUUUAUAACCUAGUAUUUUUAUACUUAUCAUUACUAAGAGGCUACAGAUUAUUAAAUUUUGUAAGCAAUAAUUAGUUUUUAUUUAUAUUGACUCAAGAUUUCAAAGAACUACAAGGUGAUUAAUUUAAAAAUCAAAUUUCAUGUCACCAUAAACUUUUUUGUAUUAUAUUUAAAUAAAAUUAUAAUUUAUAGUUAUCAUUGUUAGUUUCAAGUUGUGUAACAAUUUUUAUUGUAUCAAACUCACACAAUAAACUAAUAUAACAUUUAAAAUAUAGUAAAAAUAUAUUUUUGUACAAUAUGCUGAUAGUUUUCUAAAUAACCAGAAAAUAUGAUUGUACUUUUACAUCGUAUGACCCGGUAGAAUAGGUUAGUGGUAAUCCAUUGCUGCACUAAAUCAAACAACAGAAUUUAUACGUAAGAUUUAGAAAUCAAAUCCUUUAUAACCAAGUUUUAUAAGAUGAAAUACCAAUUUAAAAAGUCAAGUUUUAAUACUCCAAACAAAUGUUAUAUUAUGGUACUUAUUCAAAAUACGAUAUACACAUUGUUAGAACUCUCCUUUAAACAUUGUUGACAUUGUCUGAAUAAUGAUUCACCAGUUUUGAUAGUUUCUAUUAAUAGUUAAUAUUUACUUAUUGGAAUAAUUAUAAAUUAAUGCUUUGUUUAACCCUCUCCCAUAUGAUUUGCAGCAGGCUAAUAUUUUCUAUUAAGAUGUUAUAAUAUUAUUCAACUUAAAAAUAAAAGCAAUAUUUUUAGUUUCAUUGCUCCGAAACAAUUGUAUGACAUGAACUAAUGAUAGGUGUAAACUGUAUUUUACAAAAAUUUAAAUAGUCACAAAGAAAUAUUCAUUACAUAGCAAGGAAAUGACAAGAGUUCAGCUAUACAUUAUUUAUUGUUUUAAUGAACCCGUAUAAGAGAUGGAUUGAGGACAGCAUUCUACUUAUGGCUGGUCAUGGGGGAGAGGGAUAAUUAUAGCAGUUUUAUUUUAACAAAUUAUUAUAUUUGAAAUGUUUUUAAAAUUCAAGUUAUAAAAUGUUUAUUUAAUGGAUUUAGCGAUGGGUUCAAUAGAGAAUGAAUAGGUUGCCUUGCUCUCAGUGGUUUCAGUUCACAGUGGACUAAUGGCUUUACAAAACUUUCAUCUGCAUACUAAUUCUGAUAGUUACAUCUCCCGACCUUUGUGCUGAAAGCUCCACGCCUACCAGACUAAGUCAAGACACUGAACCAUUUAACGUUCAAUGUGUGAAAACUCAAAAUUCUUUGAUAUCUUAGUGCUUCCAUAUUCCUAUGAGAUUUUAUAUAUAUAUAUAUAUAUAUAUAUAUAUAUAUAUAUGUAUAUGUAUAUAUAUGUAUAUGUAUAUAUACAUAGGAUCAUACAUCCUCUUGGAUGUACUUGUAUUCUGGAGAUUUAGCCCGGUUCAGUUGACAUUUUUAAUAUAGUGCCCGUAUAUAUUUAUGAAAGUUGCAUAUUUUAUUGAUACAUGAAACCAGUCCAGGAGCCGAGAGUCAAUUUGCAUUUUAUAAGCAAAAACUUGGUUUUUCUUGAAAUUGAUAAAAAAAAUAUGCCCUAUGAAAGAAAUCAAUUGUCAGCUGAGUCAAUUUUGGUGGAGAUCAAAUUUGAGUGUAUCAAAAAGGGAAAACAUGAUUUUUUCACAAAUUAUAUUUUUUGAGCUUGGCAAACUUAAAACCAAACAUCAUGUUGAAUCAGCAUCCCCUAACCAUAUACAAACACCCUCUAACUAUCUGGUGGUGAUAUAACUGUUAUUUGUGUGUCUCAUUGUCAAUUUUAAAUCAAUAAAGUUAGGAAACCGUAAUGUUAAAUAAUAAUUAUUGUAUCAUAAAUUUAACCCUUUGCAUACCUUGCUAUUUCCAACUCUGCCAAUACCAGCGUGGCUGACGAUUGAUUUCUUUCUUAGGAAAAAUCAGGUUUCGUACUUGUGUCAAUUGGUUCUAGGCUCCUAGAUUCAUAGAGGAACAUUUGUUCACUUGCUUAUUAUGGGUCCAAUCUCACAGCUUAGGGAUUGGUACCAUAUAAAACCCCAAUAAUAUUAAAUUGGACAUCUGUAAUGAAUGAUAAUAACCUGCUUAGGAGUGAUGUUUUUGUUAAACCAUGAAAAGAAAACAGGUGACAUCUAGAUCUCGUUGAGAAUUUAUUAAGCAAAAUUUUCAAAUAUACCUACAGGGUUAUUUUUGUCAACAGAGAGAAAUUGCAUUCAGACCUUUAAUUUGUAUAACUGUUUGUCAACAGUUUAUUUUGUUUGGAGUCAACAAAGAUGUAAAAUUUAAAAGUCCUUCAAACUUAAAGAGAUGUUAGUUUUGUAAAACUUUCAAUAACUGAGGGGUUGACUGUGUAAUGGACUGGGAAAUUUGUUAUUCGUUUGAAACACUACAAAUUAUAAACAAAGUACAAUAUUAUUAUUUAUAACAAUUUUAUUUUAAAUCAAUCAUUUCAGCCAAUCAAUGUUUGAUAAACUCUAGAAGUAAAUGCUACAAAUAUAACCAUUAUGAUAUUUUUAAUUAUUUGGUGUGUUGGUAAUAUUGAUGAAAACGUUUCUUAGUGUUAUAUCAAACAAGAAUUGUUAGAUAUUAUACACUUUCAGUGAGUAACAUAUCAAUAUUAAACUGUAAUUAGUUUUUUUAGAAAUAGCUGAUGGUGUGAAGCAUCAAAUACUGUCUAAGAGCUUUAGAAGCCAUAAACAUUUUUAUAUUUAUUUUUUACCUGUAUUUUUAAGUCAGCUUCUUUUAAAGUGAGUUGAGUUAAUUACACAAUUAAUUAAUUAGUUACCUGUGCUGUUAUAACAUUUUAAAAUUUGUUUUGAGAAUUUUUAAUUUUAUUUUCUUAAGGAGUAGGAAAUUUGAUUUAUCCACGGGUAUUGCUUGUUGAUUUGUACCUUAUGUAGUAUAAUAAACUAUUUUUAUUCCCCCAAUUA